AUGGAGAUAAUCUUGAAAAUGGAGUCCUCGUUGUCAGCAUCCUUCGAUGUCAAUAAAAGAAAGAAAAAUGAGGAUCAUUAUCAUCACCACCACGCGGCAAAGAGGGUCAAAAGUGAAAAUGCCAGUGUUGACGAGACGGAGAAAGUUGAACCGCGGAUCUCUGUGCUUCCCAACUAUCUCCCAAAUCCCAUCAAAGUCGAGGAGCUGACAGAGCUCCUGCACUACGCCGCUCUGGGAGGGACAAAUACAGUCAAACAGCCAAGUUGGUGUAGUCUCCAAGGACAAAGGUACAUCAAUGUAGUGGCGGUGGAGGGCGUGAGUCAAAGUGACUUUUACAGACACUACAUGAUUCUCAAGAACCUGAGGACCAAGUACAGCAAUAGAUUGACCUUCACGGCGUCUACCAGCAGUUGCAGCCUGCUUUCUACAAUAUUCAGCAGUGAAGUGAACACAUUAGAAAAUUCAUCUGUGAUACAGGAACAGAAGGACAACAGCAAGCUGCACAAAGUGUUAAGGACUCAUCCGGUGAUCCGCAAGUAUGGUACUGGCAAGAGUGGCCCAAAGGCCUACAUGCUCACCCAGGAGGAGUUGAUAAAGCGGCAUUACCCUGUAAAAGGGAUGCCGGGCUUCGAGGAUUUCGCGUGCAUUGACUGUGACGAUGCCACAGACGACAGCCCUCUCUUCGGACUUGACUGCGAAAUGUGUCUCACAGUGAAGGGCUACGAGCUGACCCGAGUGUCCCUGGUGGAUAGUGAGGGAACGUGCCUGAUGGAUCAGCUGGUUAAACCUGACAACAAAAUACUCAACUACCUCACUCAGUUCUCUGGCAUCACGGCAGGCAUGUUGCGUCCGAUCAGAACCACCCUGCGUGAUGUCCAAGUAACGCUGAGGGCGCUGUUGCCUCGCGAUGCCAUCCUGGUGGGUCACAGCAUCAAUAAUGACCUAGUGGCUCUCAAGCUGAUCCACCCUCACGUGAUUGAUACGUCGCUGCUGUACAGGAGGGAGUCUGGCCAGAAAUUCAAGUUGAAGCUUCUGGCCGAGGUGGCACUCGGCAGGAGUAUCCAGACGCAGGAGGAGAAAGGACACAAUCCCGUGGAGGACGCCUUAGCCGCCUUGGAUCUUGCAAAAUACUUCAUAAGAAAAUCGCCUCUUAAAGUUGUUGAGGAUCACCUGAAAGAACUUUGGGGGUUGACAGUGGAAGAAGAGUCCACACAGUGUCAAACAACAGAGCCCUCUCCCAGUAGGAGGUUUGCAGACGUAUUGCAGCGUCUUGGGAGGUCUGUUUGCUAUGUGGGAAAACGCUGUGACAUCACAUUACACCCUGCCAAUCAGCAGUGGCACAAUUCGGACAAAGAGAUUGUGGCGUCUUUCCGAAGAGUGAGCACGCAUCCCUUCUUCUCUGUGCUUCGCUUGUCAUCCUUUUCAAACGUUCACCCUCCUCUGGAUCACAAGGUGAAGACUCUUUUAAUGUUUCUGAGGUGGCAACUUCGCGACAUGUGCGUAGUGUUUGCUGGACCAAUUCCGUCUGGUUUCUCUGAGAAAGAAGUGAGGCGACUUUUUCGCUGCUGUGGAUCGGUCAGGACUGUGAAAAUGCUGAAUACCACACACAGGAUGCAUGCUGUGGUGGAGUUCAAACUUCUUGAAGGAGCUUCACUGGCACUGCAAAUGCUGAAUGGUGCCACAGUGCAUGGACACACUAUGAAAGUUCAUAGACCCGUCAACGAGUCCACACUGGACUUUGACGUGACUCUGGACGCAUUGAUGAGGGACGCAGCAAACGCAUGCCGCCUCUACACGCUCAAACUGAACCUUCAUACGACCUCAAACGGUCACUCCCCCAACAGCAAGUUUGUGGUGAACGGCCGGACAGCUGCGUCACUUCCAGUCAAAAAGAGCGAGCUGAGCGAGGAGACUCUGACAAAAAUGUUCAGCCGCUUUGGUGUCAUAGAGCGCGUCGUCAUGAUGGGCAAACCUGGAAGACGGGCAAGACAAGCUUACAUACAGUUUGAGCAUUCCGAGGGGAAACUGGCAGCUGUUGAGUCCUCUGAGGAACUUUGGCAGGAGAAGUUCAUUGCAUGUCCUGCUCUCACUCCAGCGCACGCCACCUUUGAGCAGCUAGAUGAAGGUCCACACGAUUUAACAGACCGAACGCACCAGAGACCUCAGGACAUGGCUGUGUGUCACAUGAUGAAGAAGCUGGAUACGCGCUUGGGCAAAAUCUUUGCAUCUCUCCCCGAACACACUUUGUCUGUGGUGUUGCUGCUUGCUCACAACAGUGCUCAUGAGCCACCGUCACUUGGUUUAUGCCUUAUGGAGAUGAAGCGUCAAAAGUCAUAA